AUGCUCAGUACCCUCAUCUGCUGUCUCCAUCCAGUGCCGCAGCCGGAAAACCGCAGCGGCGGCGGCUGACGGGGAGCGACCGAGCUGGCGGCGAAAGGGGAGGAAAUACGAGGGCAGAAGUGAUACGGCGCGAGCCGAGAGCCCGGAUUCACGGCUCUCGCCGACCACCGCUCCGGCUGUCCGCAGGGAGGAAGCCCGGGCGGAGGCGGCGGCGGCCUGGGAGCCGCAGUGAUUCUGACGUUUUCCUGGGCUCCGAGCUCGGCGGCCCCGGGCGGCGUCGCGCCGGGGGGAGGCCCCGCGCCCCGCGCGUCCCUCCGCCCACCGGGGCCUGAGGGGCGCCCGCGCCGGGGCCGGGCGGGGGAGGCGGCCUUGCGAUGGCGGGGACAUUUUCCACAACGUGAUUGUUGCCCCCCCUGCAAUUCCGGGCCCUUCAGCCCCCACCCUCCUGGGCCCGGCUGACUGAACGCAGACAAAGGGGAGGCGGCCGCGCUCGCACGCGCGCUCGCGGGGCGGGCGGCUCGGAGGGCGCCGGCGAGGGGCGGACGGCCGGGCGGCCGCGGCGCCGCCGCAUUCCUAUGCCCGGGGGAGGCGGCGGCCCCGGCGGGAGGCGGGCGGCCCGCGGCGCGCACAGCUGAGCUGCUCCCGCGCCGCCGCCCCGACGGGCCUCGCCCCGGCCCUCCCAGGCCCCGCGGCGGCGAGGCCGCACCAUGUGAAGGGCAGGGCCGUCCGUCCGAGGCGCCGCCGGGAACGAUGGGGGAUGCUGCCGACCCCAGGGAGGCGAGGAAGACGUUCAUUGUUCCAGCCAUCAAGCCCUUCGACCACUAUGAUUUCUCCAGGGCCAAGAUCGCCUGCAAUCUGGCCUGGCUGGUGGCCAAAGCCUUUGGGACGGAAAAUGUGCCAGAGGAGCUCGGAGAGCCAUUUUACACAGAUCAGUAUGACCAGGAACACAUCAAACCGCCUGUGGUUAAUCUGCUGCUGUCGGCUGAGCUGUACUGUCGUGCUGGGAGCCUCAUCCUGAAGAGUGAUGCUGCAAAACCCCUUUUGGGCCACGAUGCUGUGAUCCAGGCACUAGCACAGAAAGGUCUUUAUGUCACUGACCAAGAAAAGUUGGUAACUGAACGAGAUCUGCACAAGAAACCCAUACAGAUGAGUGCUCAUUUGGCCAUGAUAGAUACCCUAAUGAUGGCUUACACUGUGGAAAUGGUCAGUAUAGAGAAAGUAAUUGCGUGCGCUCAACAGUAUUCAGCUUUUUUCCAAGCCACGGAUCUGCCCUAUGAUAUUGAGGAUGCUGUCAUGUACUGGAUAAAUAAGGUAAAUGAACACUUGAAAGACAUAAUGGAACAAGAACAGAAAUUGAAAGAACAUCACACAGUUGAAGCUCCAGGAGGUCAAAAGUCUCCUUCCAAAUGGUUUUGGAAACUGGUUCCAGCCCGUUACAGGAAGGAGCAAACGUUGCUUAAGCAACUGCCUUGCAUUCCAUUGGUAGAAAAUUUGUUGAAAGAUGGUGCAGAUGGCUGUGCUUUAGCUGCUCUUAUUCACUUCUACUGCCCUGGUGUUGUCAGAUUAGAGGAUAUUUGUUUGAAAGAAACUAUGUCUUUGGCUGAUAGCCUGUAUAAUCUGCAGCUGAUUCAAGAAUUUUGCCAAGAAUAUUUGAACCAGUGUUGCCAUUUCACCCUGGAAGAUAUGCUCUAUGCUGCUUCAUCCAUAAAGAGUAAUUAUUUGGUGUUCAUGGCAGAACUCUUCUGGUGGUUUGAAGUUGUAAAGCCCUCAUUUGUACAGCCUCGAGUUGUUCAUCCACAAGGAGCUGAAUCUGUGGACGAUAUGCCUUCAGUUCCUGUCGCGAACGCUGCCACAACAAACGUGCUUGACAGUUCCUGUAGUCCUGACUUCACUUCAAGUGGGGAAAGAGCCAUAUUUACACACACUCAUCAUCAUUUGCCUUCUAGACAUUCACGUCCCCAGGUUCAUUCUUCAGCCUCAGGUGGAAUUAGACGGUCUUCAUCUAUGUCUUAUGUUGAUGGCUUCAUAGGGACAUGGCCCAAAGAGAAAAGAUCAUCAGUUCAUGGAGUUUCAUUUGAUAUUUCUUUUGAUAAAGAAAAUACUGUACAGAAACCCAUGCCAAACCGAGGAAUCACUCGUUCUAUUAGCAAUGAAGGACUCACUCUGAACAACAAUUGUGUACCUAAAAACAUUAGGAAAAAUCUGUCCUUCAAACCAGUAAAUGGAGAAGAGGAAGCAGAAGGCAUUGAAGAAGAACUGACUAUGGGCUCUCAUGGUGACUUCAGAUCCUAUGUGCCCCUGAAUACAAACGAACUGAAUUCUAAUGCGAAUACUCAUUACAAGCUUCCUAAUGGAGCUUUACAAAACAGGGUGUUUCUGGAUGAGUUUGGCAAUCAGAUUGAGACACCCAGCAUUGAAGAAGCACUGCAGAUAAUUCAUGAUACUGAAAAAUCUCCCCAUACACCCCAGCUAGACCCAAUGGCUAAUGGCUUCUUUCUUCAUAGCCAGGAAAUGAGUAUCCUAAAUUCAAAUAUCAAGCUAAAUCAAGUUAGUCCUGAUGACAUGACUGAUACAAAAGGUGCCUUGAGUCCCAUAACUGACAACACUGAAGUAGACACUGGAAUUCACGUUCCUUCAGAAGAUAUUCCUGAAACUAUGGAUGAAGAUUCUUCUCUGAGAGAUUAUACUGUAAGCUUGGACUCUGACAUGGACGAUGCCUCCAAGUUUCUUCCGGAUUACGAUCUGCAUAGCACCAACCCCAGGGAGGCUUUGAGCCCCUGUCCCAGCACUGUGAGCACCAAGUCUCAGCCGGGUAGCAGUGCGUCCUCUAGUUCUGGGGUUAAGAUGACCAGCUUUGCCGAACAGAAAUUCAGGAAACUGAAUCAUACCGACGGAAAGAGCAGUGGAAGCAGCUCUCAGAAAACUACGCCAGAGGGCUCUGAACUCAAUAUCCCUCACAUGGUGGCCUGGGCCCAAGUUCCAGAAGAAACAGGCCUUCCGCAAGGACGGGACGCGACCCAGCUGUUGGCCUCAGAGAUGGUCCAUCUUAGGAUGAAACUAGAAGAAAAGAGGCGCGCUAUUGAAGCCCAGAAAAAGAAAAUGGAGGCUGCUUUUACUAAGCAGAGGCAGAAGAUGGGAAGGACAGCAUUCCUUACUGUUGUGAAGAAGAAAGGGGAUGGGAUUUCCCCUCUUCGAGAGGAAGCAGCUGGUGCAGAAGAUGGGAAAGUGUACGCUGAACGGGCAGAGGAAAAAGAGUCACAGAAAGCUCACGGACAGAGGAGCAAGUCUCUGGCGGAUCUGAAGGAGAGCGUGGAGAGCCCUCAGGCCAGGUGGCUGAAGUCCCCAGCAGCACCUGCUGGCCCUGAGAAGCAGUGGCACCUCGCAAGCCCCUCAGAAGAAACUCUAAACGAAGGGGAGAUUUUAGAGUACACAAAGUCCAUUGAAAAGCUGAAUUCAUCUCUGCAUUUCCUACAGCAAGAAAUGCAGCGCUUGUCCCUUCAGCAGGAGAUGUUAAUGCAGAUGCGAGAGCAGCAGUCCUGGGUGGUCUCACCGCCCCAGCCCUCUCCCCAGAAGCAGAUUCGAGAUUUUAGGCCUAGGCAGGCAGGCCUGUCAUCGGCCCUUGCUCCCUUCUCAUCAGACUCCCCUCGUCCUGCUCACCCUUCCCCACAGUCUUUGAACAGGAAGAGCACAUCUUUUUCUGUUAAAAAUCAAAGGACUCCCAGGCCAAAUGAAUUAAAAAUAACACCGUUGAAUCGAACACUGACACCCCCUCGGUCUGUGGAUAGUCUUCCUCGGCUACGGAGGUUUUCACCCAGUCAGGUUCCCAUUCAGACGAGGUCAUUUGUAUGUUUUGGGGAUGAUGGAGAACUUCAGUCAAAGGAAUCCAAGCCGAAGGAGGAAGCUAGAAAGGAAGAAUUAGAACCCAAAGGGACUUUGGAACAGCAUAUACAUAAUCCAGAAGAAAAGGGGGUCAAGCCUCUUGAGUCCACAGUUUCUGAAGUCCUGUCACAGCCGGUCACAGAGACUGUGUGUUUGACACCAAAUGAGGACCAGUUGAGUCAACCCACAGAACCUCCUAAGCUUGUUUUCCCACCGACUGCUCCUAAAAACGUGAAUCUGAUUGAAGUUUCCCUCUCAGAUUUGAAACCCCCUGAAAAGGCUGAUGUAUCUGCUGAAAAAUAUGAUGGAGAAAGUGAUAAAGAACAAUUAGAUGAUGACCAGAAAGUAUGCUGUGGAUUCUUUUUUAAGGAUGAUCAAAAAGCAGAGAAUGAUAUGGCGAUGAAACGGGCCGCUUUGUUGGAGAAACGACUAAGGCGGGAAAAAGAGACUCAACUGCGGAAGCAGCAGCUGGAGGCAGAGAUGGAGCACAGGAAAGAGGAGACGAGGCGUAAAACUGAGGAAGAACGUCAGAAGAAAGAAGAUGAGAAAGCACGCAGAGAAUUUAUUAGGCAAGAAUAUAUGAGGCGAAAACAGCUGAAACUAAUGGAAGACAUGGAUACAGUGAUUAAACCCCGUCCUCAGAUAGCAAAGCAGAAAAAACAGCGCCCAAAAUCUAUUCACAGAGAUCAUAUUGAAUCCCCCAAAACUCCAAUAAAAGGUCCUCCAGGAUCACGAAUUUAUCGUGUUUUUUCAGUCUCUAGCCUUUCUUUGGCAUCACUGAACACAGGCGAUAACGAGAGUGUGCAUUCAGGCAAGAGGACCCCAAGAUCAGAGUCUGUAGAAGGCUUCUUAUCUCCAAGUCGAUGUGGCAGUCGGAAUGGAGAAAAAGACUGGGAGAAUGCAUCGACGACUUCUUCAGUGGCUUCUGGGACAGAAUACACAGGACCAAAGCUCUACAAAGAACCCAGCGCGAAAUCCAACAAGCACAUAAUACAAAAUGCUUUAGCUCAUUGCUGCUUGGCUGGAAAAGUGAAUGAAGGUCAGAAGAAAAAAAUACUGGAGGAAAUGGAGAAGUCAGAUGCCAACAACUUCUUAAUCUUGUUCCGGGAUUCAGGCUGCCAGUUCAGGUCUUUGUACACUUAUUGCCCAGAAACUGAAGAAAUUAAUAAACUGACGGGGAUAGGCCCUAAAUCUAUCACUAAAAAAAUGAUUGAGGGACUUUACAAAUAUAAUUCUGACAGGAAACAGUUUAGCCACAUACCUGCUAAAACUUUAUCUGCCAGUGUUGACGCCAUCACCAUUCAUAGCCAUUUAUGGCAGACCAAGAGACCAGUUACACCCAAGAAACUUUUGCCCACUAAAGCGUAGGAGUUGGGAAAUACUUGCUUCAGAAUAUCUGUGGUAAAUUUGCACUUCAUCUUUCCUGCCUAUAGAAAAUGUUUCUAAUUGCCAACAAGACUUUUAUUAAUUGAAACUGAUCAUUGAGCUCUGUUGUCAUAGACAACUGGAAUAUAAACCACAGUAUUUUGGAGUGCAGAAGAUUCGCACUUAGUUGGUAAGUCCAAGCGAUGAGGAAAUGUUUUGAUUCACAGACGGAGAAGCAUGUCAGUGGGUCCAACUGCUUGGUGCUUGGUACAUGGAAGCACUGAAUUCUCUGGACAGAGGUGGGCUCAUGGCUGAACAUGGCUGAGAUUACAAAUUAUGUGUUUUAGUUGUUGCUUUUUUUUUUUUAUUAUUAAUGUGCGUGCUUGUCUUCCGAUGGUUUAUUUUGUUAUUUUUUCUCCUGGGGUUUAUUUUAAGAUUCCUUUUGUAUUUUGUUUCAUGUGGAGAUCACAAGAGCAGGAAGUCUGCCUUCAGAAACUUGCACCUUUCUUAGGAUGCUAAGAGAAACACUAGCGUUUCGUUUUACAGUAACCCUCAUGUUUUAAUGGUGUUAGAGCAUUUGCAAGAAUUAUUCUGCUAAGUAUUUACAGUUCUGUAUUUAUUAUUCACUCAAGUAUUAACGUUUCUCUGUUAAGUAAAAGGAGAUUUGUAAAGAGCUGCUAGUAAGUUCACUUUAAACCACGCGAGCUUAACCAAGAAUAUGUUGCAAGAAGUUACUGAUUAAAUCAGUGCUAUUUUUACACCACUUCUGUCCAGUUCAGAGUGAUUUAGAUUGUUCUUUUAACAAAAAGGCUUUCUAUCUCAUUUAGAGUAAGUCACUUUGUAAGCUGGCAGAAGUGAACGACACUUUGCGAGGGGUCUUUCCAUCUGAAGAUGUUAGACUUCCUGCCCCAAGUUCUCAAGAGGUCUUUACAGUAGUAUAUUUAUAACUGAUAUAAAAAUUAUAUUUAGAAUUUUUAAACAUGUACAAAGGGCUACAUUUUAGUUUUAAAAUAGCUUCACAUUAUUUUACUUACAUUGAGUUUUUCUUCUUUUUUACCCUUUUCAAGUGGAACAGCUUAGAGUGAGUACACACUUGAAAUCCUCCACGUGAUCUUUGUUCCUUUAUCAGUGUACCAGAGGGUUAGCUGGGGAAAAACUUCAUUCUCAGGAAAAGACUUGAAUGAUCCUGUGACCCUGUUAUGUUUCAGUGUUGUGACAAGUGUGUAAACUAGGGGGGAGAGACAGUAUCGUAUCCUAAAUGAGAUGUGUAGUUUGUUUUCAUUAAGGGAAGUAGAGGCUAAAAUAUAUACAUUUCUCUAAUUGAGUUGUUUAGAGAAAUAACUAAUAUCUCAUAUGAUGUAUUUACUUAUUUUAAAAAAAGAACAGGAAUGAGAUAUCCCUGAACUGUACUUUUCUAUAUUAUAAGGCCUGUAGGCAUCAGUGCAUCUGGGUUGUCAACAUUUUCUCAAAUGCUGUCAAUAUUUUACUGUAAUUUAUGUUCUUAUAUUUAUGUAUAUUUGUUAAAACUGUAAAAAAAAUUUUACAGAUUUUUUUCCAAUACCCGUGCAAGAUAAAUGUGUAGCUUAAAACUAUUUGUGAUCUACUGUUUGCAUGUAAGAGACCAGAUUAUGUAACUCUUCUAUUUUAAGUGUAUACAUAUUGUGUAUAUAAUAUAUGAGUAUUAAAAAUGGGGAAUUACACAUUUUACCUUUCAGGCAACAGUUUCUAUUAUGGUUAGAAGGAAAUGAUUGUCAAAUACACAUUUUAGAUUAAGCCUAAUUUAAAAAAAUAGUAAAUGGGUGUAAUCAAAACAUGGUAAAUAAUAGUUACAGAAUUAAUAACCAUUUUACAUUACUAAAUAUGUUCUUUUCAGUCAGUCAAAUUCCCCUUAUCUGAGCAAUCUUUCUCAUAGUAUUACUUGGCCACUGGAUUUUUAAAAAUUGGAUGGAAGACAAUGGGGGAACUAUUUAAACAGGACCACCCUUUAUUCUUAAAUUUAUGUGUGUCCAACAAUGAAUGUCAGUAAUGUCUAAAGGUAGAAUGUGAAUAUUGCCACAAAAAUUCACUGCCCUCAGUAUAAUUUUACUUUAUUAACACAGCAGGAAUAUGGAUUUAUUUCUUUAAGUCUGCAGAUUUUUUAUUACAGUGCAGCUUUUUUAAAAUUAUGUUUUAACAAUUAUACUAAUGAAAAUUAUGCCAUUUCAUAAACUCGAGAUUUUCAUCAACCAUAUUGAAAGACACUGGUGCUUUUCAUCAUUGGUGGUCAAAUUAUUACAACAAUUAUUUAGUUAAGUUUGCCAAACACUCAUCAUGGCUUCCAGUGCAGCCUGCCAGGUUCCGCUGUUUGACACAGCUUUGGAAAACUUGCAAUUCCUCUUGGCUUUUAGAUUUUGUUUUAGAAUGACUGUUACAUUUGUAUCUGGCUGUUUAAAGCCAAAGUGAGCUUUGUAAUGAAGGUUUCACGGACACUGUUGGGCGGCGUACGGCGUGUGGUGUGUUUGCCUGUCCACCCAAGAGCAUUGCUGCGGGUUUUAUGACGCGUGCUGUAAAAUGCUGUCACGUCUGCUAUUUCCUGGUACAGUGUAGUUUUUUCCCCUUCAUUUGAAUAAAAGCAUGGCACCAAGUGA